GGCUUCCGGAGCACUCCCCUCCCGCCGCCUCGCCCUCUCCCAUCUCGCAGGCACGUCGCUGCUCGGGGCCGCCACGUCCCUGCCGCAGGCUGUCCACGGGCCUAGGCUCGGCGGCCCCAGAUAGGGUCCCCUCCGCCUCCCGGGGGAAGAGAGAGGCAGCGGGCCGCGCGCUCCGCCCCCUCCCCCCGGGCCGCCGCUGCCGCCGCCGCCGCCGCCACCUCGCCGCCUCGGCCGGGCGGGAGGAGCAGGAGGAGCAGCAGGCCUCCGGGCCCGGGCACCGCCGCCCGCAGGACGUUUCUGAUUUCAUUUGCAUCCUUGAAGAGCAUCUGUAGAAGAGGAAGGAAAAGAUGGGUGUGAAAACAUUUACUCAUAGCUCCUCUUCCCACAGCCAGGAAAUGCUUGGAAAGUUAAAUAUGCUUCGAAAUGGUGGACAUUUGUGUGAUAUCACUAUUCGUGUCCAGGACAGAAUCUUCCGGGCCCACAAGGUGGUACUAGCAGCUUGCAGUGAUUUCUUUCGCACCAAACUUGUAGGCCAAGCAGAGGGUGAGAACAAGACUGUGUUGGAUUUGCAUUAUGUUACAGUGACUGGCUUUAUACCCCUUUUAGAAUAUGCCUACACAGCCACUCUGUCAAUUAACACAGAAAACGUCAUUGAUGUUCUAGCUGCAGCCAGCUAUAUGCAAAUGUUCAGUGUUGCUAGCGCCUGCUCAGAGUUCAUGAAGUCAAGCGUUUUAUGGAAUACACCCAACAGCCAACCAGAAAAGGGUCUAGAUGCUGGACAAGAAAAUAACUCUAAUUGCAAUUUUAUGUCUCAAGGUGGAAGCAUUUCUCAGGUAUCUUCAGCGUGCAGUGUGGUAGAAAGAACCUUUCCUGUCUGCCGAGAAUCACGGAGAAAGCGCAAAAGCUACGUUGUUACGGCUCCUGAAAGUCCUGUAAAGCGUAGUACACAAACAAGUUCUCCACAGGUACUGAAUUCUUCAGCUUCCUACUCAGAAAAUAGAAAUCAACCGGUUGACUCUUCUCUAGGUUUUUCCUGGACUUUUCCUUUUGGAAUUCAUCGAAGGAUUCAGCCUGAUAAGGUUAAGCAAGCAGAAAAUACCCGGACUUUAGAAUCACCUGGCCCAUCUGAGACAGGUAGAAGAAUGGCUGAUUAUGUGACUUGUGAGAGCACAAAAACUACCUUGCCUCUGGGUACCAAGGAAGAUGUCCGGGUCAAAGUAGAAAGAUUAAGUGAUGAGGAGGUCCAUGAGGAAGUAUCCCAGCCUGUCAGUGCAUCUCAGAGUGCAAUGAGUGAUCAGCAGACAGUGCCAGGAAGUGAACAAGUCCAAGAGGACCUUCUGAUGAGUCUACAGUCUUCCACUAUAGGCGCAGUAGAUGAAGGCGUCACUGAAGGGUUACCUACGCUUCAAAGCACUUCCAGCGCCAGUGCUCACGCAGAUGAUGACGAUCGAUUGGAAAAUGUUCAGUAUCCCUGCCAGCUCUACAUUGCUCCUUCCACCAGCAGCACAGAACGGCCAAGUCCAGAUGGUGCAGAUAGACCGUUUCAGUGUCCAACAUGUGGGGUGCGAUUCACCCGUAUUCAGAACCUGAAACAGCACAUGCUCAUCCACUCAGGAAUUAAACCGUUUCAGUGUGACUGCUGUGGGAAAAAGUUCACCAGGGCUUACUCGCUAAAGAUGCAUCGCCUAAAGCAUGAAGUGAUUUCCUAGUACCGGACUACUUAAACCAGGAGCAAGAAGAGACCCUUGCUCAAUAUGAUCCUGGAGAACACAGUUUUGAAAACAGCUCCUCUGUUCAAAUGCCUGUAAUUUCACAGGUCUCCUCGAUCCAGAAUGGUGAAAGCACUUUUCCCUUGGGGUUUCUUGGUGGGCUGACAGAAAAAGAAGAAAUGCCAGAGCAGCCAAAGACCAGUGCUUGUGCCUAGGCAACCAGAGAUGACCCCCCAAAAUCAGAGCUGUCUUCUAUAACUAUUGAGUAAUUUCACGGUUUGGCUUCAUUUUUGGUUUUUGGAAAGUGCCUGUGCUUGGUCUUGUACAUUUGAAUUUAAUUUAAUUUUUUACGCAAAAAAGCGUUUGGGAAAGAAUUUCCCUUUUUACUUUAUAAGUCCUGCAACUGAUGUUUAUUUUUCAUGACUGAGAGAUUGCUUCUGUAAGUGCACAGCCACAUUGUGUUGAAAUAUAAUAGAAACCUUGAGACUUAAGGAGAACCAGUUGACUUAAAAUUUAUAUCUGCUUUCUUUUCUGUCAUUAAGAGUAGGCUAACAACAGAUUAGGUCAAGAAGAAAUCAGAAUGAUUGUUGACCUUCCUGAAAUAAAAGGGUACACCAGAAACAUAUUAUUAAACAAAUUUGGCAAAUGGCCCAAAUAGAUGUUUAUCCUAUACACAGGACAUUGUACAAUUUUUUGUAAAGCCUGUUAUUUUUGGAAGUAUUUAUGGUGAGCUUUCUUUAAAAUUAUUAGGGUAUGUACUUCUGAAAUCUGACAUGUUCUUUUUUUUUUUAAAGCUAGGUCAUUAUUUUUCAUGGUGAAAAUUUGGUAUUGGGAUAGGUAUUCCCUGUACCUUUAUAGUACCACUCCUCCAAAUAAUCUUUCUUCUAUGAAAGAAGGCGAAGAACCACGGUUGAGAACAGUCAGCCUGUGCAUGAAAUGACCAGGUAUGGAGAAUAUAGUAAGUGAAUCUCAGCUUUAUAGGAACUCUUUCACACUGCUUUUCUGGCUAAAAUUAUUGGUUACCUGGUCUUUGAAUGUUAAUGCCUGGUUAAUUGGGUCAUUGCCUAAAUUAAUUUCUGUCUUACCCCGUCAACAAUACUUUUGCCUAUACUUGGCGUGAUCUGAUGAAAAGGAGAUAUACUGGAGAUGUUCUAUAUUUUAUAUAUAGGUUUGUGUAUUGUGGAGGAUGUUUUUUAUUCUGCUGUUUUGGACAAAAUAAAGAAUUCUCUGUUAAGACUAAAAAAAAAAAAAGAAAAAGUCUAGGAAUUUCCUACUGUGUAUGUGGUAUAGCAACCUGAGUGACAAUGUACCGUUAUAUGUAGGCCACAGAUUAAGGGCUAUGCAUUAGCAGAAAAUAUGUGGGUCAGUCAAAAAUUAUCCGCACUCUGGCUGUAGACUUUAUAGAAGCUUUUUUUUUUAAUGUGCCUUUCUAAGAUCAUUUUUAAAAAUUAUUAUUUUAAGCUCUUUAUUGGAAUAUAAUUACUUUACACUGUUGUGCCAGUUUUUGAGGGACAGCAAAGUGAAUCAGCUGUAUUUAUACAUAUAUCCCCAUAUCCCCUCCCUCCCGCGACUCUCUCGCACGCAGAAGUUUUACUGUAACCGGAGUGCAGAUCAUUUUUGACUCAGCCUCGUAUUUUCCAUGAAUCUGUCUAUUCAUUUUAAUGGCUUCCUCUCAACCUGGAAGCCCCGGGUUGACUUAUCUAUCCCAGUUGUUUUCAAGGUCUGGAGUUAGUGUGGACGCCCAUUCCCCUAAAGACCUUGAGAGGGAUUAAAGUUGAAAAUUUGUCUGAAGUCGCUCAGUUGCCUGUAGAGUAAGUAUGGUUUUGAUUAGCACUUAGUUUCUACUAUUUUCCUGCAGAAUUUUCUUGACGUGUAUGAGACCAGUUGGGUUCUCCAUGUUAGUACCGUGACCCCUCAGUGACCACCUGUGUGGAUUAGCUGGUGCGUCUAACACACGUGCGAAGUCAUCAUGCCACAUUCUCUCUCACUCAUCCUCUCACAGCCAUGCCUGGAGACCUGGGGGAUUUUUCUGUCCCAAAAAGUACUGUUAAGAUUUCUCAGGUUCCCUUUUCCCCUUGAGAGACAUGCCCUACAGUUCCUAAUAGUUCAGCCAGAGACACAUUUGUCAAAAGAGUCACUCAGAUUUCAUCACUGCUGUUCCUCAGAAGCAGAGAGUGGAUAAGCCCUUCUGAAUAAUGAUAUGCCCUUCUCCCUGGAGUCAUUAGCAGGGUGUACACUGUUCUUUUUCUCCAGCUUCAUCGGUUCUACAGAACAGAACACUUGACGCAAAGUUUCUUCAGCUGUGCACUCUCGUAUUCAAGCCUGAGGCUGUAGCAUUUUUGACUGCUACAAUCCAGCUGGUUUUCAGUCUGCUCUCGCUAAUAACUCUAUUAUAAUAUUUAUAAUACUGUCUAUUAAACUGAGAGUUUCUUUUCCCCACAGACUCUAUCAAAUUAUCCUCCAUCUUUAGUUCACGCCCGUGCCUUAGUUCUUUGCUGAGAGAGGGCAGACCUGUUGACAGGCAGGAUUGCUACUGAAGUUCUUUGCCAACAUAACACCCACUGUAGCUAAAAAAAGAGUGCCCCACCUGCCCUGGCUUGGCUUAAAGCCACCAAAGCUAUCCAUUCCAAGGGCUGUUAAAUACACAGCUGGAGUCUUACUCUAAACACCAGCCAGGGUGGGUCUUGGGGAUGGUCAGAGACUAGAGCACUUGCAUUUGUGUUUUGGUUUUUCUGGUUGCUGAGUUUAUUCUUGUUAAUGAGGCAGGUGAAUUUCCGAACGCAAUGUUUGAAAGGCACCAUGUUCUGAGGUUAAUUGAACCUCUUUCACGUAAUGAAAAUAUCAGAGAUAAAAUUGUGUUUUAGAACACAGUAGGUGACAUUAACAAAAUGAUGACAGGAAUGAAAUGUGUUCAAGAUGGGUCAGCAUGAGAGAUGGGUCCUUGAGACUCUUUCAAGGUAAUUGCUCUAAGCAUUUUUAUGAUUGAAACAGAUGGGUGCUAUGCUGAACAUGACAGUGGCUAUUGUAGAUGCCACGUAAGGUCAGCUGGCAGAGGUUUUUGAGAAUCCAGAGGGCUGAUGUCCUGUCCACCACCUUGAUAUAAAUAGAGUUUUCCAGGAAGCGUAGUAAGCGGAUAUUCUUUUGUACUAGAAGGAAGUAUUUGUGUUCCUGGAAGCAAAUGGCAAACCUAGUAAAUCUACUGGGGCAAAUGGCUCUGGCAGAUCACAGAGGCUCAGACAUAUGGUCCCGCACUCAACAGCAUUAAUAAUACAAUUUAAAAAAGCCCUUCUACUUUGAGUUUUGAACUACAUUGACUUAUUGCAACAUUUAACUCCAGGGAAAAAGCUUCUGUUUAGAAUGUGUGUGUGUGUGUGUUUGUGUUGUGUUUUAUGACACUAAAGGAAACAGGAAUUACAUAUCAGAGGAAAGUUUGUCAGUUUUUAGAGAGAAACCACAGUGAAAGCCUGGUCACACAGAGGUGUUAUUUUCUCCCAGUUAAGCUAGAAAAAUAAGCAUGGUACUACAUCUUUUCAGAUUUUAUAGCUGAGUUUCAGUUGGUUAAUGAGUAAAAACUGAUAAAGUGACUGAUGAAAAUUACUGGAGGGAAAGUGUUGCAACUACAUAAUAAGGUUGAAGAAAAUUGUAUCCCGUGGUGAAGGCCAAGAUGACAGGAAACAGAGUCGCACGGAAACGAAGUUGCUCAAGAAGUUUGAGGAGAAUCAUAAUCAACUUGUUCCAUUUAUAUUUUCUUCCUUUUUUUUUUACUGUGAAGAUAAAUAGACACGUGUAAAUAAGUCUUUAAGUGAUCAUCUAUUGCAUUUAUAAUGAAACAAUUUUAAGUGAUAAGAAAAGCUUAGAGGUAUUUUUC